UUUUUGACGUGUAAUUUAAAUUCGUUCGGUGGAAAGAGAAAGAAAUGGAUAUCUUUUUUGGAUUGUUGAUGAUUGUUGGAGUUAAUUUGACCGUUUUCUUGUAUUUAUUCCUGCAUUUUCUCAUCAACCAAACUGAGUUAUAUAGGCUUAUCCUUGGAUUGAAUUAAUGGUUUGGAUUUAGUUAUUUCUAUAUGGUUCAUUCAAUGGAUUAUUGCUUCCUUUUUAUCCUGGGGUUUCGCCCUUCGCUUCACUGCCCUUCUGAUUCUAGUGGAUCAGGUUUAUUUGAAGCUUGCUGUUGGCACUCAGGAGUUUUCCAGAUGAAUAGGCGUGUAAGAUGGGAUGAGGAAAAUCUUGGGGAAAUUGAAGCAAAUAAACCUGUAAGGCAGAAAAUAACUGAACCCAAGACGCCGUACCACCCCAUGAUUGAUGAUGAUGGGUCUUUGUCUCCAGCAAGACGUAGUUUCAACGAUUAUAUUGGUGAUGCCAUGGAUGCAGAAGAAUUACGUUGUGCUUUGAAGGAUGUCUCUUCCUCUAGUAGAAAAACAACUGGGCGCUCUGGUGGCUGGGCAUCUUCUGAGGAUGAGGCUGAACCUAUGGAUCACAAAGAAGAAGAUUCUGAAACAGAUCGGAAUGGUAUGAGUUUUAAGGAGCAACGAAAAGCACACUAUGAUGAGUUUUUGAAGGUAAAGGAACUGCGACGAAAGGGUUCUUUCCUUGAGGAGGAAGAUGAAGAUUUGGAGGGUGAUUCAUCUUCAUCGUUAAGCUCUGGUGUCAAAGAAAUAGGCAUAGAGGAAGGUACUGCCCCUUUGCCUCGAAGUCCAGCUAAUGGAUUGUAGAAGUCACCCGACCAGUCUGAGACCUGAAGCUGACUCUUUUGACAUCCUUCUGUGGUAGUUUGGUGUAAAAAAAAAAAAAAACCACUUUGGGUUCUGUAUUUUUCCAUAUUUGAUUUCACUUGUACAUAAUUUUCCAUAAUUUGGCAUGUUUAUGUGAAGUCUUGCGCACCCUAACUUUUGCUCCUUGCAAAUGAGCAAAAUGGCAAGGUUUGGAUAUAUAUUCCGCUUUCCUCCCAGUAA